CGCGCGUGCCGGGGAGGGAGGCCGCCAUGGACAUCGACAGCGUCGAGUGCCUAUCCCUCCCGGACGCCUCCAUGGACGUGGACGACGUCGACAGCCACCACCACCACCACCACACUAUCCCGCUCCACCCCGUCCACCUCGCCCCUAGCGGCGGCGGCGGCGGCGGAGGCCGGUCCUUCCCCAAGGUGAAUGCCGGGGGAGUGGGCGCUACCGCGGGCGCCGCCGCCGGAGGGCCACCGGCGACCAGCGUGCACGAGCUGCUCGAGUGCCCCGUCUGCACCAACUCCAUGUUCCCGCCCAUCCACCAGUGCCAAAAUGGACAUACCUUAUGCUCGACAUGCAAGGCUCGGGUACACAACCGGUGUCCUACAUGCAGACAAGAGCUUGGUGAUAUCAGGUGCUUGGCAUUGGAGAAAGUAGCAGAAUCACUGGAGCUUCCGUGCAAGUACUGCUCUUUAGGCUGUCCAGAGAUCUUCCCAUACUACAGCAAGAUAAAACACGAAGGGCAGUGCAGCUUCAGGCCAUAUAACUGCCCCUAUGCUGGUUCUGAAUGUGCUGUGGGUGGUGAUAUACCUUUCCUCGUUGCACAUUUGAGGGAUGAUCACAAAGUUGAUAUGCACAGUGGUUGCACAUUCAACCAUAGAUACGUUAAGUCGAAUCCACGAGAGGUUGAGAAUGCCACCUGGAUGCUAACAGUGUUCCAUUGUUUCGGACAGUACUUCUGUCUGCAUUUUGAGGCCUUCCAGCUGGGCAUGGCACCGGUAUACAUGGCUUUCCUCCGUUUCAUGGGCGACGAGAACGAAGCGAGGAACUACACCUACAGCCUCGAGGUUGGUGGUAACGGCAGGAAGAUGGUAUGGGAAGGCACCCCUAGAAGCAUCCGUGACAGCCACCGGAAGGUGCGGGACAGCCACGAUGGCCUCAUCAUCCAGAGGAACAUGGCGCUCUUCUUCUCGGGCGGCGACAGGAAGGAGCUGAAGCUCAGGGUAACUGGCCGGAUCUGGAAAGAGCAGCCGAACCCGGACGGAACCUGUAUACCGAACCUCUGCAGCUGAGGCGAGCAACGCUCAGCGCCGAGAAUGAUUGUGCUAUUUGGCUGGCUUGUUAUUUAUCCACUGCCAUGUCGUUGUGUUUUCGAUAGUCCAGUGACAGUUCCAGGUGUAAAAUGUUCUUGUAAAGUAAUUGUGUAUAGAGAGUCCAUGACAUACCACAAGUUGGCCAAUAAAUGUCUUGAUUCGGUUCUCA